AUGUUCUCCAUCAAGCACCACCCAAACUUGAAACAUCAAGUCCGCCUUGUGGUGACCAGUGACAGCGGCACCGGUAAAUCGAGCCUAAAUGCGGCAGCUGCAUCGGAGAGGUUUCCGGAGAGUGUUUCUCCGGUGCUUCCUCCGACUCGUCUUCCUGCGGAUUAUUAUCCAAAUGCGGUUCCUGUUACGAUUAUCGAUACGGCUUCUAGUUUGGAAGGUAAAGCUAAGUUAGAGGAAGAAUUGAAGCGAGCGGAUGCGGUUGUGUUGACUUAUGCUUGUGAUAAAUCGGAGACGCUUAGUCGGCUUCAAACGUUCUGGAUUCCGAAAGUUCGUCGUCUGAAGGUGAAGGCACUAGUGAUUGUGGUUGGUUGCAAGCUAGAUUUGCACGAUGAACACUACCUGAGCAAUGGACCGAUCAGCGGUACGUCGCCGGAACGGGAUGCUCGUCGGCCGAAGACGAGUGCGGUAGGGUGUCGUGGAGGUGGGGUUUCAGGUUUGGGUGAUGCUUGA